UAAGAAGCAGACUGCACACUCCCAAGCCAAGGCUAUAAAAACUGAUGUUGGUCACCGUUCGUUUAGAUAAGCACCCCCAGCAACUAGGAGUUUUAAAGGUUUGCGGCCACGAGAAAUUUUCCAUAUUUCAGAUAUGAAGUUUUUGGCCUUCGUACUCGUCGCCACCUUCGUUGUUGCACAGGCUGAUUUUGUCCGCCUGAAUCUGGACAAUGAGAUUGCGGCUCUCGUGAACGAAGUCAAUUCUCCACGCCAUGUCCGCGAAGCCAACCCCCUCACAACAGCCACCCAGACUGUCCUGGGUCAGGUACUGGAGGGGAAACUGAAGAAUAUCACAGAUAAAAUCAACAGUCUUGUGGCAACCGGUCACGUGGUCGGCAAGGGCCUGCUAGAGCAGGCUAAGCAGAUUGCAGAUCAACUUAAAGAAAUGGGCGGCAAGUACCUGACCGACGCCAAGGCUAUCCUUAGCACACUGAAGAGCCAAUUUUCUGGCUGGUUCCAAGGCUUAUUGGACAUGUUCGGUGGUCUUUUCGGCAAGCGUGAUUUGUUCGAAAACUUCGAAGAAGAACUUUUGGAUGAGACUGUGGCACUGGUUCUGGCUGACCGUGGUGUAGCUGAAUGGUGGCAGGGAGUGAAGGACACCUUUUCUCAGGUUCUGGGAGGUUUCAGCUCCAAGUUCGCUGACCUUCAAGUCUUCGUCAAACAGUUCGCUGGAGAUCUGUGGGGCAAAGUUAAGGGACACUUCGACAACGUCAAGCUCAUCGCCCAAGAGUACCUUGCCCACGCCAAGGAUGCUAGCCUUGCCGCCACCAAGGAACUUCUGGAGUUCUUGGAGCCUUACAAGCAGGAUCUCGGAAGUCUGUGGACCCAGGUGGUGCAGGCUGCCUACAACGUCAAGCACAUUGUCUUGACCGGAUCUACUCCACCCUCUGUACCCCCAACUACGCCUCUUUAAUCUUAUUGAUAAACACGGACAGUGCAAGUUAAUUUGUGACAAAUGAGCGAAUUUUGAAAACAAGAGUUAUGUAGGUGGUGAGCAAUUAUAAGAAAUAAAAUGUUUAAAGCAUUUA